AUGGUGAUCACAAAGACAAAUGGGCCUAAUGGUAACAUGAAGGCGUUGAAAGCUGAGCUCCGGCAAAUGAAAAAAGCUCUCGCCUGUCAGGAUAAGAAGGUCCGAGAGCUCACGACCAGGCUGGAGACUGAGACUGAAGACAAGACCUUUCUAUCACACCAGAAUAAGUUUCUUUCAGCCGAGAUUAAAACGAUGCAGACCCGGCCUCUGGGGAAGAGAAGAGAGUCGGAUAACCUGAGAGACGACACUGAGCAGCUUCCUCGGGCACAGCAACCGUCGACUGCUGCUGAAACGCCUGACGCUCAGAACGUGUGCACGGCUCAGCGUCAGUGUCGGGGAGUGCAGGAUGAAAACGAGAUGCAGCUCGAGUCCACAGACGACAAAAUUCAAACCCUGGAGAAGCUGAUACAGGCCAGCGAGGCCAAGCUGCAGGAGAAGACUCAGCAGCUGGAUCAGUGUCUGGAGGAGGCAGAGCAGCAGACCCAUGACUUUAAAGAGAUCAUGAAGCAUGCAGAGGAAGACGAGGUGAGGAAGAUCCACGAGAUCAAACUCAGGACUGAGAAGAAGCUGCAAACAGAAAAAGAGACAAACAUAAAACUGAAGGCGGAAAUGACCAUCAUGAGUCGAAGGUUCUCAAAAUUUCAGAAGCAUUUUGAGGAGAAGGGCACAGAGAUGUUCCUGUUGAAGCAGGAGAAGCAGCAGCUGAUGGGAUUGUCCCGCUCACAGCAGAGUGAGAUCGAGGACCUGAAGGAGCAGUACGAAAAGAGCAGCCAGGAAAAGGACAGCACGAUCUUAGGCUUGAAUCAGAAGAACCAAGAACUGGAGGGUUUGAGGUUUAUUCAUGAGUUGAAGUUUAGCGAGUUGAAGAAGCAGUUCGAGCCUCAACAAGACGAGAUCAGGGAGAAAAGGGAGAGUAUCGGACAGCUGCAGGAGAAGCUGAGGCAAACAGGCAACAACUACAACACUCUGACCCUGAUCACGGCCGACCUGAGGCUCAAGCUAAAAGCAGAAGGGACAGAGCUGCACAAGGAGAUUCAGAAAAUUAGAAAUCUGGAGACACACCUUCAGCGGCUCAAGUCAGACCUCCAUAACUGUGUCGACCUCAUCCAAGAGCCGAGGAAACUGAAGGACAGCCUGCUGAGGAUCUACGCCCGCUACGUAUCGCACACUGAACGGCAGGAGAUAAGCAACGUAGACAGAGAUGCUCACAGGGCCGUAUAUCGCCAGCGGGAUUGCUUCGAGAGGACCAUCAACAGUCUCAAGGUGAAGCUGGCUAAAUCUGCUGAGGAACAUCAGAAGAUCUACACCAGGAUUAACAAGGAGAACGUUUCUAUGAUUAAAGAAAUCAACGAGCUGCACACAGAGUUGCGUUUUUUGAGGACUCAGGUUAAAGAUGGAAAAGCUCAGCUGGCCCUGAUCAAGAAAUCCAACCACAUAAGGUCCCAGGUCAGAAGCAGGACCUGAA